CAUCGCCUCAUGUGUUCAAGGACCUCAAGAUGGCCAUGCUGGCAGAACCUCGCAGAAAGCAGAAAUGGUCUGUGGAUCCCAGGAACAGCGCCUGGAGUAAGGAUGACUCCAAAUUCGGCCAGAAGAUGCUGGAGCGAAUGGGCUGGUCCAAAGGCAAGGGACUGGGAAAAACCGAGCAGGGAUCCACCGAACACAUCAAGGUGAAAGUAAAAAACAACAGCCUUGGUCUGGGCACCAGCACCAGUAAUGAGGAUAAUUGGAUUGCACAUCAGGACGAUUUCAAUCAGCUUCUGGCAGAUCUCAACAACUGUCAUGGCCAGGACACCAAAGCAGAACCUGCACAGGAGGAGAAACAGAAACAGGAGAACUUCAGCCUGGAGCAGAAGUCCAAGUCGUCCAGGAAGAGGGUCCACUACAUGAAGUUCACUAAAGGAAAAGACCUAUCGAGUCGCAGUGAAACUGACCUGGCAUGCAUCUUUGGGAAGAGGUCAAAGCCAUCAAGAGACCAAGAUGAGGACAGCAGUGGUCAAGACUCACAGGAGGAGGUGGAGAAGGAGAUCAAGGCAGAGGAAGUGGAGGUGGCGGUGACCGAUAGCAAACCGGAGGAGCCGGAGUCCAACACGGUCACCAGCACGAUGACCAUGCAGGAGUACUUUGCCCAACGCAUGGCUCAGCUGAAGGCUCGCACGGGAGCGGCGGCGGCGGCGGUCCAGUCCCCCGCUCCGAGUCUGACCAACGGCCUCGGCACGCCCACACCCUCUGCCUCCGAGACCCCGGUGGACAGCCCCGACGUCAGCGACACGGAGCAGCAGACGACGACGAAGAAGAAGAAGAAGAAGAAGAAAAGGAGGGAGAACGAUGAGCAGAGCGGAGUCGGAACGGUAGACGCCGCGGAGAGCGUCCCGGAGGCGGCCGUCGUCGCCGUCGCCGUCGCUUCUGAGGAGACGACGGCGGAGCAAGACCAGUCGUCUUCCUCCGAGAGGAAAAAGAAGAAGAAGAAGAAGAAGAAGUCGUCGCGGAAGACUGAAGAGGAGGAGACGGUCGUUGAGGAGUGUGCCACACCUACGCCUGUGCAGGAGGACGCUGAGGUGAACGAGAACAUCUCCACAGAGGAGGAGAAGAAGAAGAAGAAGAAGAAAAGGAGAAACCAGGAGCAGGAAGUGGAGCCAGAGGUUGUAGAGGCAGACCAGGGGAACAGUCAGGACAGUGGAGAGAUCAAAGCAGGGGAGACAGACGGUAAAACUAAGAAAAAGAAAAGGAAAAGAGAGGAGCAGGAGGAGCAGCAAGAGGAGGAAGUGCUCGUAGUGGAACAGAAAAAGUCUAAAAAGGACAAAAAAAAGAGAAAGAAAGAUCUUGACUAGGGAUGCUGUUCUGUCUUUCCUAACGUUCAAGUAAAUGUGGUUUCUACUCGACCUCAUUUCAGAACGCCUUGAAAAGAACCUUGAGGCCUUCAGAAAGGGUUGCUAUGAAUUCAUGAAUGACCAGGAUGGACCUCUUAACUGUUCUGAGUGAGGACAUUUAGAUGAAUUUGACUGUAUAAUUGCCCCAGUUGUAUAAUUCUCCAGGUUUUUUAAAAAUCUUUAAUCCAUUGUAUUUCUCCCUUCGGAAUGCCACUGCUUUAUUUAUAACCUGGUUGUGACUCAUAACUAUACAAAAAAGACCGGACAGGAUUUCACCAUCAUUUAUACCGGUACCUCUUAAUCUGUCUUUUUGUCUGACAGCUGUAAUUAUUACAGCUGUCUUUGUAAAUUGCUCCAAUUUGGAGACCAACUCUCCUUUGAAAUCUUGGCUAUUAAUGCCCCAUCCACUUCAACCUGAUGACUACCAUGUAGCCUGCAUGGUGAUCUGUUGAACUUGACUUAAUAAAGAUUUCAGUGGCC